UCCAAAUUCCAAAAAAAACUUGUUUUCUUGUAUUUUUCUCUUUCAACCUUUUCUAUUUGCUGAUUCUCUUCCACUGACAAUCCAAAGUUCACUCUCUUGCUUUGAAUCAACAUCAAAUCAGAGUGUCACAGACACAUAAGUAAAGAUAGAUUAAAUGGCAGGCAUUGCAAGUACAUGUCCUUUAGAAGCAUUGCUCACAAACAAAGUCUCAAAAGGCAAUGGGGUGUCUCUGGUUCAGUAUGAUGGUCUUAGAUUGGCGCAAAGAAUGCAAUUAUCUUCAGCUGCAAGCAUCUCAAAAGCCUCCAAAUGCAAAACAAUUAAGGCCACAGCUUCUCCAACUGAAGCAGCUCCUAAAAGAGAACAAGAUCCGAAAAAGCGAGUAGUAAUAACAGGAAUGGGGCUUGUUUCCAUCUUUGGCAGUGACAUUGAUACAUUUUACAACAAGCUUCUUGCGGGAGAAAGUGGGAUAAGUGUAAUAGAUAGGUUUGACCCCUCAAAAUUCCCUGUCCGUUUUGGUGGCCAGAUACGUGAUUUCUCUUCAGAAGGUUACAUUGAUGGCAAGAAUGACCGGCGCCUCGAUGAUUGCUGGAGGUAUUGCUUAGUUGCAGGCAAGAGGGCUCUUGAAGAUGCCAACCUUGGACAUGAAGUCCUUAAGAAUCAGAUGAACAAAACAAGAAUAGGAGUUAUAGUUGGAUCAGGAUUGGGAGGUGUAACAGCUUUCAACACUGGUGUGGAAGCUCUUCUAGAGAAGGGAUAUAAGAAAAUUAGUCCAUUUUUCAUUCCCUACUUCAUCACCAACAUGGGUUCUGCUUUGUUGGCUAUAGAUACUGGCCUAACAGGUCCAUAUUAUUCCAUUUCUACUGCUUGUGCAACAGCAAAUUACUGCUUUUAUGCAGCUGCUAAUCAAAUCAGAAGAGGGGAAGCAGAUGUUAUGGUGGUUGGUGGGACUGAAGCUUCAAUCGUUCCUUCCAGUGUUGGAGGCUUCAUUGCUUGCAGGGCUUUGUCUCAGAGGAAUGAAGACCCCAAGAAGGCUUCAAGACCAUGGGACAAAGAUCGCGAUGGUUUUGUCUUGGGUGAAGGCUCUGGUGUGCUGGUAAUGGAGAGCUUGGAGAGUGCAACAAAAAGAGGAGCCACAAUAAUAGCAGAAUAUCUGGGGGGUGCCAUAACAUGUGAUGCUCAUCACAUGACAAACCCAGGGCCUGAUGGACUAGGAGUUUCAAUUUGCAUAUGGAAGAGUUUAGAAAAUGCUGGGGUUUCCCCUGAAGAGGUGACCUAUAUCAAUGCUCAUGCCACAUCAACACUAGCAGGUGACCUGGCUGAGGUUAAUGCAAUCAAACAAGUUUUUAAGGACACAUCAGAAUUGAAAAUGAAUGCCACUAAGUCAAUGAUUGGUCAUGGUCUUGGGGCUUCUGGUGGCUUGGAAGCUAUAGCAACUAUCAAAGCAAUAACAACUGGCUGGUUGCACCCAACCAUUAACCAAGAUAACUUGGAGGAUUAUGUUACAAUUGACACCGUCCCUAACGUCAAGAAGCAGCAUGAAGUUAAUGUUGCUAUCUCCAACUCAUUUGGGUUCGGUGGACACAAUUCAGUUGUUGUCUUUGCUCCAUUCAGGCCCUAACUAGAAUUCAAGCACAAGCUGCUUUAUAUGUGUUUGAAAUGAUAACCGAGGUUAAUGAUCAAGUACCCAGACUCGGUGCCCUGAUGUAAUGAACCCUGAAGUGAAUAAAAUUCACAUGUUAUCGAUU